AUGGGGCUCCAUUUCUCGUUUAUUAACAUUAACAGGAUCUGUUCUACUCUUGGAGAGUGUAAGUCGAGAGCGUUACCCGUAUUCCACGCAUUCACUGGAUGCAAUUGUACGUCACGAUUCUUUGGUAUCGGAAAGUUGACAGCGUGGCAAGCGUGGGAAGUGAACAGCCAAGUGACUCCUGCAUUAGAGCACAUUUCCAGGCACCCCUUUGAACCGCUCAACAUCACCUCAGAAAAUUUCAAGAUCCUUGAAAGAAUGACCAUAAUAAUGUACAAGUCAAGUCCCCUGGAGUCGGUCAAUGAGGCAAGGAUGAAUCUAUUCUCAAAGCGGAACAGAUACUUGGACAAUAUUCCUCCAACACAGGUAAACUAUAGUAUUAUAGCUAUAAAAUAAUUAAAUACAAUUCAAAUUUGCACUGAUUGACGGCCAUUUUUGAUCGAGGGUUUUGUCAUCGUCAUUGUUGUUAUUGUUUAAUUUAUUUGUUGUUGUUGUUGUUUUUAUGUUAAUAAAAGGAUGCACUUCUCCAACAUACUCGAAGGGCAAUAUACCAGGCAGGCAUCUGGACGUCAUCAGAUGCAGCAACACCAAAUGUUCCUUCCCUAUCGGAUUACUCCGGGUCAAAGGAGAAAGUGGGCAGUGGCAACCGGUUUGGAUGA